GUCCACAAGCAUGGUGCUUAUGAAGUCCACAAGCAUGGUGCUUAUGAAGUCCACAAGCAUGGUGCUUAUGAAGUCCACAAGCAUGGUACUUAUGAAGUCCACAAGCAUGGUGCUUAUGAAGUCUACGAGCAUGGUGCUUAUGAAGUCCACAAGCAUGGAACUUAUGAAGUCCACAAGCAUGGUGCUUAUGAAGACCACAAGCAUGGUACUUAUGAAGUCCACAAGCAUGGUUCUUAUGAAGUCCACAAGCAUGGAGCUUAUGAAGUCCACAAGCAUGGUGCUUAUGAAGACCACAAGCAUGGUACUUAUGAAGUCCACAAGCAUGGUUCUUAUGAAGUCCACGAGCAUGGUGCUUAUGAAGACCACAAGCAUAGUACUUAUGAAGUCCACAAGCAUGGUUCUUAUGAAGUCCACAAGCAUGGUUCUUAUGAAGUCCACAAGCAUGGUACUUAUGAAGUCCACAAGCAUGGUACUUAUGAAGUCCACAAGCAUGGUACUUAUGAAGUCCACAAACAUGUUUCUUAUGAAGUCUACGAGCAUGGUGCUUAUGAAGUCCACAAGCAUGGAACUUAUGAAGUCCACGAGCAUGGUGCUUAUGAAGUCCACGAGCAUGGUGCUUAUGAAGUCCACAAGCAUGGUGCUUAUGAAGCCCACGAGCAUUGAACUUAUGAAGUCCACGAGCAUGGAACUUAUGAGGUCCAUGAGCAUGGAACUUAUGAAGUCCACAAGCAUUGUGCUUAUGAAGUCCACGAGCAUGGUGCUUAUGAGGUCCAUAAGCAUGGCCUUCAUGAAGUCAACACGGUGGUGGUGACAAACCUAGAAACAAGAAUCACCCAAGACCACCAGCUUGUGCAUGUUUGAUCUACUACUGCCUGUCUGCUCAGAAUAACAACAGAUACAAAACUGCAAGGUUUAUAACCAGUUUAUUCCGCUAGUGAUGAAGCUCAUCAUAAUACUGGAGGAGGAACAGGACAACUGUAUUCAACAUACUGAAUGCUGUAGAGACAAUGGAGAUGAAAUUCAUAUUAAGUUUGUAAACUUAAAGAAACUGACACAUAAAUUGAGUCUAGAAACUUUAACCAAAGUUCGCAUUUUCUUCUGCUUCAGUAGCAGAUGUCAUCAGACGGUCUUUGGUUGACUACCUCCGUAAAACCUGUUCAUCCUGAAGGAGAAGUUUUUCUGCCACACAUUACAAGUCACCACUAGUCACAAUGGUCUGGAUCAGACAAAUCACUGGUUGGUAGUGCUUGUUUAUGAUUUAGAAUCAAACCCAGACCUUGUGCUCGAUGAGAUGAUUCCUUGCAUGUCUUGAGUUCAUGUUGCGAGGUGUAUCACAGAGAUCAGACAGACCAGUGGCUGGCCACAAAAUGGUAUUGAGAAGUGUAGGGAGGAGCACCUAUGAUGGCGCAGCACUCGAUAUGUGGACAACACUUACGCAAGGUGGUAGACUCGAUACCAUAAUACUGGACAGGAAACAUCAUUCACAAAUAUGGAUCAUUAAUUUUUCAGUGAGAAUGCAUGAGUGAAUUAGUGCUUCUCAGUUGUAAGAUUAAGAGACCCCAGUUCUCAGAAUUUGUACCUUGAUUCCACAACAGAAUCACGGUCAUGUUCUAUACACCAUCUCAUUAAUUCCAUAAGGCCACACUUUCUUAAUUUAACAUUUCACGGAUUUAGUCCAGCUUUUC